GUCACAACACACACUCCCACAGUAGCACACACCAACAACAAACACACCAUCUCAGCUCACACCACGACGCCACACACACUCCAUCCCAAACCGACAGACAKCCCAACGACACACACUCCCCAGUCGCCAUGAGCCAACCAAGUGAGUUUCCCGAGCUUCCUGAACUUAACUGUACUUCCACCCACCACACCGCCCCAGACCCCACCACCCCCUCCACCCCUGCCUCCCUAAUCUCCACCCCUAGCCCAAGGACUGAGGACCCCCCAGGGAUGAGGAAGGGCCCCCCAGUUGCCCCCAAGCCUGUGUGGAACCGUCAGAGCCUCAGGAGUAUUAGGAAUGGGAGGCCCCAGGCUGAGCUGGCCAAACCCCUGGACAUCAGAGGCGGUGGAACCACCUUCGGGGUACGUCUGCGACCCACCUCCUCUGCAGCCCAGCUGUCAAUCAAGCAGAAGAUCCAUUCAUUUGAGACCUUCUCUAGUCCUGAGGGUAGGGUACGGAGACGAGGGCAACAACAGGAGGCCCCUAGCCCCUCCACUUCCUCCCUCCUGAAGGACAAGGCACCAGCACAUCCAAGGUGUGAUUCUGCACAGGAGGAAGGAGCAGGUCUGGGUUUCAGCAUUGCAGGUGGGAUAGACCUGGAGAGCAAGGCCACCACAGUGCAUCGUGUUUUCCCCCAUGGCCUGGCGGCUCAAGAGGGACGUGGAGAAGGGUGACGAGUGCUGUCCAUCAACGGCCAGACACUAAGGGGUGCGACACACGCGGAAGCCACCGACGUGCGCCAGGCCCGCACCAUGAGACUGGCCGUGUUGGUGGAGGAUGGGGGAGCCAUGCUGACUGUGGAGCUGGAGACAGGAGGAGGGGUGUGGCUUCAGUUUUGGAUGGAGGGAAAGGCUCUAUCCAUGGAGACAGCCUCUGGUCAUCAACAGGAUAUUAAAGGUACAUGUGCUCCGCUCGCCCAAUGGUGGUGCUGCGAGCAGAGCGGGUUGCAGUCUGGUGAUGAGCUGCUGCAGGUCCAGAGCACCUCCCAGGAGCUGAGCCGCUUCGAGGCCUGGAACAUCGUCAAGGCUCUGCCUGAGGGGCAUAUCACUCUAGUCAUCCGGAGGAGGAAGGAGGAUGAGGCAGAAGGGUCUGCCUGAGGGACAUCUCACUGUAGUUACAGGAGGAGGAAGGAGGAGGAUACUGAGGAGUUACCCCUAGACACUGAUUUCAGGUCAGUUUACACUGUUAUACCUUAAUUGGAUUCCAGAUACAAUAGGUCCCUGACUACCUACGGAGGUAGUCAGAAAGAUCUGAUCACAAUUACACUUCUUUAAAAAUGUGGGCACGAUCAGAAUGUGGACAAGAUCAGGACAAAGGACUCAUGUUAGCACCAGCUAUAAACGGGGCUAUUGAUUCUCAAGAUUUGGCCACGUAUUGAUUGUGGCUACAUUUAUAGACAGGAGUCCGCAAUUAAAAUACCUAUUGUGAUUYGAUUGUGAUCAGAUCUUCCUGAUCACCACCGGAGGUAGUCAGGCCCACAUGUUGUCUGGAUAUCUUCCAAGUGUAGACGGAUGUGGACAGGGAAACCAUUUAAAUCAUCAUUAUCCCUCUAAAAUCAUUGACAGGUGGCGCCAUCGUCUUAUGGCAUCAAUAUGUGUCUUUAAAUAAAGACAAUACAUAUUAUUUUGAAAGAAUAUCUGUCGAAUAAUUGGCAUACAGGGAGGGACCAGUACAUUUUGGUCACAAUGCGGACACAGCGUAAGAGACACAUUUUWAWACAAUGUGUAGAUGCAACGGCAAAAAUGUGGCCGCUAUCAGAAUGUGGACAACGGCCUCGAUUCAAUCCGUAUCGCUGAAGUUUAGCGUUAUAGCGUGAUUGAAAAUGAAAGGUAAUUUCCGAUUGAACCGACAUAUGAAUUUACCGUGAAUGCAGUCUCCGCAAACACAGGAACAUUGCCUUUAUAUUUCAAUCACGCUGAAGUGCUACGGAUUGAAUAGAGCCCGAGAUCAGAGUUAGCAUCAGGUAUAAACAGGGCCAACUAGAACACAAAUCAACCACAAGCCAUCAUACCAUUUCAUAUGAGCACUAUUAACAUACUGUAGUUWUGAAUAUAAUAUCUAUAUUCUAUAUCAAAUCAUAUUGCAAUGACAAUCAGGGACUGUUACUGUAGAGAGAGGUGAGUUUACAGGUGCUUUGAUCUGACUGCCUUCCUACACCCAGAACUUCUAGACCAGGGACCARAGUGAGUUUGAGAUUUGCACAGAUAUACAGUAUUUACAUGAAGGAAGGGAGAGACAUUCCAUUGCUUUUGACUGUUAGAAAUAGUGUACAAUACUGUAAUGUAGUCCAAAAGAGUAUGAUACUCAUACAAAAUAUUUAAAAUGGGAUUUGCAUUUUUCAUGGAAUUGUAGUAUUGUGCUUGAUYUUGGAGUCAUUAUUUAGACCAAAGACUAUGAGUUGGAUUCAAUCCAUAUCGCGGAAGAUCAGCAUCAAAAGGUAAAGUUAAUUUCCGUUUACCAUGAAUGCAGUCUCCGCGACCGRGGGAACAUUGCCUUUAAUUGUCAAUCGCCCUAUAAAGCGGAUCUUCAGAGCUACGGAUUUAAUAGAGUCCUUAGUUCGUUUAUUAGAUGACAAUGAAAAAUCUCAAUUGGAUACUGCUCGCGUCCUCCCUCCUUCUCAAAACCCAUUGGAUGAGAAAGCCAGAGGUCCCGCCCCUCUGACCUUCUCCUCCAAUUGGUUUAGAGGAGGCCAGGCGAGAGGAGUAUCUAAUUGAGUUUCUCCCUAUGGGUGAAACCAAAGACAUAACUAAACCAGAGCAAAUUUUCACCUUGUUUUCUCCUAGUUUGAUAUUAAGGAAAACACAGGGUGUGAACAUUUUGUACCAAAAUCUAUUAGAAUAUAGAUAUUUAAAACUCUGUAUAUCGGUACUAAAGCUUUAUCGCAAUAUACAUUAUACUAAUAAAAUAAUUUAACCCAA